AUGGCGAUGGCGGCCUGCUCCGUCCGCCUCCUCGCCGCCGCCGCGCACCGCCGGGGCGCGGCCGCGUUCCUCCACUCGCCGCGGCGGCCCGUCGCGUGCUCCCUCUCGUUCCCGCGGGGCCACGGCGGCAUCCGCGGCCGCGCCGGCCUCUCCUCCAUCUCCCUCCCCUCCUCCGCCUCCUCCGCGCAGGGCCACGCGCCCUUCAACCUCCUCCCGCCGGACUCCGAGCCCUUCAUCCAGUGGGACGCCCUGCCUCCGCAGGACACCUCCGCGGGCGGCGCAGGGGCAGGCGGAAGGGAGGAGGGCCCCGCGCUGGUGGUGCUGCUGGGCUGGCUCGGCGCGCGGCAGAAGCACCUGCGGAGGUACGCGGACCUCUACCGCGACCGCGGGGUCGGGUCCGUGCGGUUCGUGGUCCCCGUCCGCGAGCUCCUGGGGCUCGACCUCGGCCGCCGCGUCGAGCGCAGGGUCGCCGACCUCUCCGCCGAGAUCGCCGCCUGGUGCGACGCCGACCGCAGCCGCACGCUCCUCUUCCACACCUUCAGCAACACCGGCUGGCUCGCGUAUGGUGCGGUACUUGAGAAUCUACAAUCAAGAGCUGAUAUAAUUGAGAGGAUAAAGGGAUGUAUUGUAGACUCGGCACCAGUUCUAGAGAUUAGACCAGAGGUCUGGGCUGCUGGUUUCUCUGCUGCCAUGCUGAAGAAAAGUAGUUCUUUAACAGGACCUUCAGCUGACUCCCCUGAUGGAUCUGCUUUGAAUGGUGCCUUGAACAAAGUUACUUCUGUCUCAGAGUUAACGAAACCAUCAUGGGGUGAAACUUUUCUUCUUUCAACCCUUCAAAAGUUCUUUGAGAUUGUCCUUCACCUACCUGAUGUAAACCGGAGAAUGCACAAGGUCCUCUCGGUUCUUUCAGAUAAGCAGCCGCCCUGCCCCCAGUUCUACCUGUACAGCUCCGCCGACAGAGUGAUCCCUGCCGAAUGCGUAGAGAGCUUCAUUAACAUGCAGAGAUCACUGGGGCUGAGCGUCUCAGCACACAAUUUUGUCUCGUCACCGCAUGUGGACCACUACAGGAGCUUCCCUCACCUGUACUCUGCCAAGAUCGACGAGUUCCUGAAGGUCUGUUCCCUAGUUAGUGUAUGA